AACCUUAACUCUCCCAACAAAGGUCUGCUGGCCGAUGCCAUGACGGAUGUGCCCGUGGACAGCGCGGCCGCGGCUCGCACCGCCGUGCCCGAGGGGCUGACCCUGGCCGAGGAAGAGGAGCUGAGGUCAGAGCUUGCCAAGGUUGAAGAAGAAAUUGGUACUCUCAGGCAAGUUCUGGCUGCUAAGGAGAGGCACUGUGGGGAGCUGAAGAGGAAGCUGGGCCUGACUCCCUUGGAUGGGCUAAAGCAAAACCUGUCCAAAAGUUGGCACGAUGUGCAAGUCUCCAACGCUUAUGUGAAAACAUCUGAGAAACUUGGAGAGUGGAAUGACAAAGUGACACAGUCUGACUUUUAUAAGAAGACCCAGGAAACCCUUUCCCAGGCAGGACAGAAGACUUCAGCAGCCCUAUGUAGGUUCUGCAGGAAGCUUGGUGACAUGAGGGCUCACUCCAUCUCGCAUUCCCUUAGCAGUUACUCCAUUCGCCACUCCAUAAGUAUGCCAGCCAUGAGGAAUUCUGCAACCUUCAAGUCCUUUGAAGAUAGAGUUGGGACCAUAAAGUCCAGAGUCGUGGGCAGCAGAGAAAACAGCACUGACAGCCUGCACUCCCCCUCGGGAGCUGGGGACAAGCCUCCACAAGACAACGCUCCUUUCUAGACCUGGAUGUGGCUUUGCACGGCUGUGCACAACUGGAAGAGCAAGCCCCUCCCUCCAAACCUUCACCACAGCAACAACAUGCAAAUCCAAGCAGGGGCUGAGAGCCAGUCUGGAGAGAUCCAUCCUUCAUUCAUAGACACUGCUGCUGGAUCCAAGUCAAAUAAAGAGAAUGCAAAGUUUUGUACACAAAUAAUAUUUUACACUAAAGUUUGUAGAUUAAAUGUAUCACUGCUGUCCUUUUGGGAGAGCGUGUAAGCUGGAGUUUCCUUAAAGUAGCUCAGAAAUGCCACUGCUGUAGAUGAAAACAGUUUUCCCUUGUCUGACAUAGCUUGGAGCAGAUACAUCUCCCUGAGCAGCGCAAGGAGGGCAGUUGCUGGAGAAGCCAAGUGCAUGGGCACCUUUGCUUCAGCUUCUGGCUCUGUUCUCUGUGUGGGGCAUGCCAUGCAGCUCCUCUAGGAGCUCCCAGGCUUCUCCUGUUACUGUUUUCUCUGGCUCUCAUUGGAGCAGUCUGGUAAAUAUGGUAAACAGUUGGGUUUUUUUCUGGGCUCCUAAAAGGGAAACUUCACUUAGCAGCUGCCUCGUUGUUACACUAAUGCUCUAGCUUUAACAAAACUAAGAAUCUUUAUUUUUAAUGCAAUGAACUUUAAAGAAAUAAAGCUUAUAAACAAACAAACAAAAAAAAAAAGCUUUGGCAUCAUAUUAGGGCAAUGCUCCCUUGGACUCUGAAGCUGAAUUGCAAGCCUUACAUCACUUACGCUUUACUUGUUUCUGAUUUGUUUUCUAUAGAGAAGACUGCAAGGGUUUUAAAGCUGGAUGUUGAGCACUGGAGUUUUGCAUCAUGCAGUCAUAGCAGCAUGCUUCUAAGCCAGUUCUUGUGUUAAAUUCAGUGGUGCACUCUGUUUCCCGAGUGUAUGAAACUUGCUUC